AUGAAGGAAGCACACGGACGCGAGGACGGACAGACAGCAGACUUAUUAAUUAUCGUCACGGGGAAGCUCGUAUCGAACAACACAAUUAUCGAUUCUCGUUAUGAUAAAGAGGUAGAGUGGAAAAUUGGUCAAGGCGAUACUGAACUAUGUGAAGUGAUUGAUGACUGUUUACAAUCCAUGCACGCCGGCGACAUUUGCAAUUUUACUCUAAAGCCAGAUGAAGCCUACUAUAUUCUCAAAGAAGAGGAUAUUCAUAUAGAUCAAGAUAUCGAAGUUGUAUAUGAAGUUCAAUUGAAGAAAUUUAUUAAGGCAAAGGAGACUUGGUAUUCUACUGUAGAGGAGCUGUUUAAUGAAGCAAUAAGUAAUAAAGCAAGGGGUGUAAAUCUAUACAAGAGCGGAAAGGUUAUUGCUGCAGCUCGCAGAUUCAGUAUUGCCUUGAAAUGUUUAAUUAUUAUGGAAUCUGAUCGCCUAGCAAGCCGAAAUGAUGAACAUUGUAUGCAAGAUAUGCGUAUAGUAUACUAUGUAUAUAAUAGAAUACGGUUACAAUUUGUAGGGCGCACUAAUCUCAGAAAAAAUUGCUAUCUCAAUCUUGCUACCUGUCAAGCAAAGCAUAACAUGCAUCCAUCAGUAAUUGUCAACUGUUCGAAGGUUUUACAGAUGGAACCAAAUAAUCUAAAAGCUCUAUUUAAGCGCGGUGUUGCGUACACCGCUGUCAAUGAUUUUGAUAAUGCUAAAGCUGAUUUAGAAUCGGCAAAAUUACAAGAUCCGAGCAAUAAGGCUGUCAUAAUGGCGAUACAGAACUUAUUUACAAAAACACUAAAGCAAAAUAAAUUCUAUCAGCAAGCUUUGGCUGGCAUGUUUCAGAGUAAAAGCAAGUAA